AUGCCCUAUUGGCGGACGAUUCAAAGCGACUCGAAAGCAGAUCGCAGCUGCGAGCGCGACUGCCGUUUAAGGGGUCCAGCUGAUGAAGUGCAGUUCAACGCACGGCCACGGCAACCACGAAACCAGCAACUCCAAAGAAACCGGCGAGACACAGAUCCCGACCAGAGAGCGGAUGGUCAGCAGGACUCCGGCCUAAUACAACUGCAUGUGUUCGACCGUUUUCACGAGAAGGAGUUGGGUUCCGGCGUCUAUUUGUGGCGUCUACAGGAACGGCGCUCAUCAAGGCUGAAGACAGACUGCUGCCGAGGCGCACCUUCGACGAGGAUGGGAUCCUCGACACCAUUGCAGAACGACUUAUCAAAUGAGCAUGCUUUAUCGACACCACUUUCUUCUGUUUCCCAAGCGGUGUGGCAGGAUCCUGGGACACUGAUGACGCCCGUCAGCACUGCUUUUUGGAAGUCUCCCGGCUCGAGGGCUGAGAGGGCACAUUUCUGGGGUGAGAGUUGGCUCGCCCAGGAGACUUUGGACCUUCCUGCAGUAGCCUUAUCUGACGCCAAGGAGCCACGAAUCAUAAAGCAGGAUCGAAUGUGCCCGUUCACCGAAAGUCAAUGCGGCGCCACGAUCGCUGAGCCGCUGAGAUCACCUUCCCAUUCUGGAGCACUCACGACGAGCAUAUCCGGCAGGAGCAGCUCGCAGUUCCAUACGGCGUCUGAUCACAUCGGAGUGAAACGGUCCGACCCUAGUCACGUUCACUCCGAUGUGGUAAGACGCUGUAUGUUGGAAAUGCAGCUUCUUGAAUCAUCCCAGCAGUCCGGACAGCGCCGCCUUCCGCUAUUCUAUCCAUGCAUCUUAAUCUACGCCACGCACACGACUCGGGAAACCGCGAUCGCAUUGCGGCAUUGGACCUCAUCGCUCGGAGUCUGCCUCACUAAACGCGGACCGUCGAUUCUGAGCAGCGCUAUUCAGUAUCCACUACACGAGCUCAUCACAGUCGCGAUCAUCCGUCCUGGACAGUGUCGCCCAUGGCGCCGACCAGCGACGUGGGUCUGCACUUCUGUACUGGUCGCACGUUACAAACAUGAAACCCCAACGACAAUCACGCUAACGUCACGCGAAAUUGACGAAGACGCGCUCGAGCGUUCAGCCGCCAUCGCUUGGCUAGGCACUUGUAUCGUCGAACGCUCUUUCCGCCUCCAUAGGAACACGCCGUCCAACCGAUCAGCCACGGCACACUUGAUGCCUGUCAUCUCUUAUCGACCCAAUGUGAGGACAGCAUCGAGCUGUGAGGCUAACGUCAGGCUAUCGCGAUGCAAGGCCGAAAGGUUCCUCGACGACGACAAGCACAAGGCACCGAAUUCAGUUCCAAAGCCAAAGACAAACGAAAGACAAAUGAAAGAUAUAUAA